AUGAACGAAACGACAUCCACCGGGAUGUUUGACCUCGACUUGGAACGGCAGGAUGCGCGUCAGAACGCGACGCAGCGGCCGUACGACCGCGAUGACAGGGGGGACGAGUGGAGCGAUACGCGCCACAGGGCCCGUGCGGCCGCGGCGGUGGCUCCCUCGCCCACGGCCGCAUCUCUGCCUCAGACAUUUGACCCAUUCGCGCCGCUCCCCCCUUCCCACAUCGACCAAACGUGGUCAGCCGCCACCGUCGACCUGGCUUCCUCGACCGCGUCCACGUCGUCAUCGCCGAGCGCCCUUGGCUCGAGCGUGAGCAGCCACGCGUCGCACCCGCUGCUCGACACACCCACGACCUCGAAAACGACUUCGUCGACACGGACCUCGCCUUCGGCCUCGCCGCGUGCCUCGCCCGUGCCACUGCAAGACCACGCAAAAUACACCCCCAACGUGUCCAACUCGGCAAUUCUGGGGUCGAAUACUCCAAGUCUGGGGCCCGGUGCGGGUGCCUCGGAAGGUCCGGCCGGCAACGGCAACGCGACUGGGGGUGGUGGCACUAGUGGGAGAGGGCGGCCUUCGAGUCUUUACAUCCCCAUGGACGACGAUCGACCAAUGGGGCUCGGUGGGAAUGGAUUCAGUGACCAUUCGGGACAGACCAGCUCGACAUGGCCUUUCGGUAACGGGUCGCACUACGUGUCGUCGCCGCCGAGCGAGCCGUAUCCGAUGACGCCCUCGGCGAUCCAUCCGUCCUACGCUGACAUCGACGCGAGGGUGUCGUCGGGCUCGGGCUCGCUCGCACCCGCCAACUCGCACUCGACUCCAUCCUCCAACGGUUUCGUCGCCGCCGCCGCCGCCGCUUCUUCCGCAGCUUUCGCGUCCAUCACCGGCACCAAGGAACAUCUCUACUCCGCCAUCCCCGUCGCCGCGGCGUCCCCGGAUCGCAAUGCGCGGAGCAGCUCCCCGAUGCGGAACGCACAGAACGGCAAGCAUCAGGUCACAUUCAGCUCGUCCAUCUCGACCUCAAAAGGGGCCAACAUCACCGGCCCGCGCCACGCCCCGACAUUCUCGGUCGGUACUCACUCGUUACUCGCCUCGAGAUCAGGCUCGACCACAUCCCGGUUAGCCCAACGCUUGGACUCGGUGAGUUGCGCGAGUCUCGGACGCGCCGCGUCGAACCUAAGUCAGUCUCGGCGGUGACUGAUUCACACUUGUCCUUCUUCUGUUGUGUUCCACGAUGGACUUGUUGUUCUCCACAUCUGCGCCUAUUCGAAACCCCUUGUUCGACUUCGUCUCCUUCAGCCGCCAGCAUGGUUGCUGCUGUACUUCGGGUUUAAUCUGGGUACGUGUCACUGGGGCUCCUCUCGAUACCCCUCCGCAUUCCUUUCUCCAGAGCACUCAUCGUUUCGAGGCUGGUCCUAUCGCCCCCACAGGUCUUACACUGUUCAACAAAUUGGUUUUGCAAGGCUUCCCCUUCCCUUGGACGCUUACAGCGAUCCAGAUGCUGUCGGGCACGAUCGGCACCCAGAUCGCCCUGUUCCAAGGCUACUUCACCCAAGCCCGCCUCACAACACGCGAAGGGCUCGUCAUGAUCGCCUUCUCUGUGCUCUACACGGUCAACAUCGCCGUGUCCAACAUCAGUCUCGGACUCGUCACUGUGCCGGUUCGUUUGACACUUCGGUUUCCGGCCUGCGUCCGAAUUUGAGAGUGUUGACCGUUGACCACUCAUUUCGUUCUUACUCUGUCUCACAUCAGUUCCACCAAGUUGUCCGCGCCAUGACACCUCUCUUCACCAUUAUCAUCGCAGCGGUCUUGCACGGCAAACGUCAUUCCCGCGACACGUAUCUCUCGCUUUUGCCCGUCGUCGCCGGUGUGGCCUUUGCUACCUACGGCGACUACUCCUUCACCGCUUGGGGCUUCAUUCUGACCCUGCUAGGGACCUUGCUCGCCGCGCUCAAGACGAUUACCACGAACCGUGUUCAGGUCGGGCGGCUGAAGCUACAUCCGCUCGACCUCUUGAUUCGCAUGUCGCCGCUCGCCUUUGUCCAAUGCGUCGUUGCUGGCUACCUCUCGGGUGAACUGGACAAGGUGCGAAUCUACGGCGCAACGGAGAUGACGAGGCACAAGGCCAUAGCUUUAGCGACGAAUGGUGCGAUUGCAUUUGGAUUGAACGUCGUCAGUUUCACGGCAAACAAGAAGACGAGCGCCUUGACGAUGACCGUAGCUGGUAAGCUGUCUGUUUUUGAACAUUCGCUCGAACUGCGCGUGUCGGGGCCAGAGUGCUGAUGCUGCAGGCACUCUCUUUGCGUCGAACAGCCAACGUCAAACAAGUUCUGACAAUCGGCCUGGCGGUCCUCAUCUUCAACGUCACGCUGAACCUGAUGAAUGUCUUUGGCAUCAUCUUGACUCUUGGAGGUGGAGCUUGUGAGUUCGCAUCCGUCACGACGAGAUGAUUAUAGCCAGCUUGCUCACAUGCGCCGACAAACACCGUCUGCUACAGGGUACGCAUUCGUCGAGUUCAAAGAGAAAAACAACAGGAACAACAACGCGAUUCAACCGCCGACACGAUCUGGACAGGCUGAGAUGGAAAAGUUAUGA